CAGGGCCUGAUAAUAAAGGAAUUUAUAAAGGCGAUCGAGAGUCCAGUGGAAAAUACACGUUUGCCGCCCACAUGGAUGGAACUUAUAAGUUUUGCUUUAGCAACAGAAUGUCCACCAUGACUCCCAAGAUAGUGAUGUUCACUAUUGAUAUUGGGGAAGCUCCAAAGGGGCAAGACAUGGAGACAGAAGGUGGUGGAGAUACCUGGGAUGCUCAUCAGAACAAGCUAGAAGAGAUGAUUAAUGAGUUAGCAGUGGCCAUGACAGCUGUAAAGCAUGAACAGGAGUACAUGGAAGUUCGUGAAAGAAUACAUAGAGCAAUUAAUGACAACACAAACAGCAGAGUGGUUCUUUGGUCAUUCUUUGAAGCUCUUGUACUAGUUGCCAUGACACUGGGACAAAUCUACUAUCUGAAGAGGUUUUUUGAAGUCCGAAGGGUUGUUUAAGAGUACUUUUCCGGUCCUGGAUUUCAGUUCACUGUCUACCAAACAUCCUGGUCACAAAAAAGUCAUUUAGUUUCUGAACCCUCUUUACUGAACUGUAAAACUUAUUUGCUUAUGUUCCUUCCUAGUUAAAAAUGAAUUGUUUUUAUAUAUCUUCUGUAGAAAAAGCUGUGCUGAAAUCUUGUCACUUAAUUGGCCUAAUUUUUCCACUGAAAUCUGCCUAGUCUGUGUGCUAAGCAAGGUCCAAGCAAGCUGCAAAUGCUGUAAUUCAACUGUAGUAACAAGCAAUGUUGAUGUCUUUCCUACCUUUUUUUUUCUGUUUUCAUAAGUACUUGCAGUUCUAUCUAGGGAAACGGUACAAGGCCCUAACAUGACUGUUUGCAUUUUUGACAUCUUUAACCCUGCAGUAGGUGUUAUGAAAUUGAAAUAAUCCCUUCUUCACGUAUAUAAACUGCCAAGGAGAAGCGAUUGGAACUUUAUUCUGAUAAUG